UUUGGCCUUUUGUGUUGGUUUGGCUUCGGAUUUAGAACUCAUUAGAUUGUUGGCACCCACCGCGAACGGACGACUCCUAAUGAUGUCAGAAAGCCUGGAAACAUGCGAGCUUACCCUGCCCUUGGGUAAAAUUAAGGGCGUAAAACGCCUCAGUCUUUAUGACGACCCCUACUACAGCUUCGAAAAGAUCCCCUUUGCGAAGCCCCCGCUGGGAGAACUGAGAUUUAGGGCUCCGGUGCCUGCAGAUCCAUGGAGCGUAGUUCUGGAUUGCACCCACUACGCAGAGAAGCCAACCCAGAGGGGUUUACAGACCCGAGUUGUCGAAGGCGGCGAGGAUUGUCUGUAUCUGAACGUAUAUUCCAAGAAGUUGAAGAGUGACAAGCCAUUGCCGGUAAUGGUAUACAUUUAUGGCGGGGCCUUCACCAUAGGAGAGGGAACCCGUGAAUUGUACGGCCCGGACUAUUUUAUGGCUAAAGAUGUUGUUCUUGUGACGCUUAACUAUCGUGUAGAUUGUUUGGGAUUCCUGUCGCUCAAGGAUCCGAGUCUGAAAGUUCCUGGAAACGCAGGUCUCAAGGACCAAGUGCUAGCUCUCAAGUGGGUCAAGCAGUACAUUUCCAACUUCAAUGGCGAUGACAGUAAUAUUACGGUAUUCGGAGAGAGUGCCGGCGGUUGUUCUACCCACUUCAUGAUGUGUACGAAUCAGACCAGGGGACUGUUCCACAAAGCCAUUCCCAUGUCGGGAACAGUCCACAAUUACUGGGCCAUUAACCCGACCGAAGACUUUGCCUUCCGCCUGGCUCAGCAGAAUGGUUUCACUGGCGAAAAUAACGACGCCAAGGUACUGGAAUAUCUCCGGGGAGUUCCGGCUAGAGAUUUAGUAAACCAUAGUUUGAUUUUACCCGAACACCGAAGGAAUGGUCUGCUCUUCGCCUUCGGACCCACAGUGGAGCCAUAUGUGGGUGAGGAUUGCGUGGUCCCCAAGCCGCCGGUGGAGAUGGCCCGGGAUGCGUGGUCCAACGAUUUGCCCAUCAUGCUGGGUGGAACUUCCUUUGAAGGGCUCUUCAUGUAUCCAGCCGUUUCGGCCAACCUUAAGGCAUUGGAUGACCUAAGCAAGGAUCCACUUGGCCUGGUGCCGGUUGAAGUGCGUAAGGUCAGCAACCAGGAAGAGAGUGUGGAGUACAGUCAGCGCCUUAUCAAAGCCUACUUCGGGGAUUCACCACCCAGCUCAGCACUACUUAUGAAUAUGCUCGAUUUAUAUUCCUACAAAAUAUUUUGGCACGGUUUUAAUCGCACCUUGAACGCAAGACUUACCUAUGCAAAAGCACCAACAUAUUACUAUCGCUUCGACUUUGAUUCGCCGAGCUUCAACUUCUACCGGACUAAGUUCUGUGGAGGUAAGGUUAAAACUGGUGUAGCCCAUGCCGAUGACCUGAGUUAUUUGUUCCGGAACGUGGGCUCUUGGAAACUGGAGAAGACAUCUGCGGAAUAUCGCACCAUCGAAAGGAUGAUUGGCAUUUGGACGGCAUUCGCGGCGACCUCCGAUCCAAAUUGCCCUGAGAUUGGUCAUUUGAACUGGAGACCAUCUACAAAGGAUGAUUCCAAGCGCGUUGUCAACAUCAGCAGUGAUGUGAAUAUAAUAGACUUGCCCGAGUACGAAAAAAUUCAAAUUUGGGAUAGCUUUUAUAAGCAAAAUCAAUUGAUCUAAACAUACAAAUAAAUUUUCACGCAUUUACGUUCUCGAAA